GAUUCAGUGGGGAUAGUGUGCAGCAACCAACGUCUGGUUCGAAUCUGGAUGUAGAUCGACUCACAGCAGUCGGUUCCAAUCAGUGCUUGAAAACGCGUUGACUGAAGCGGUUUUCUUUUACUAUACUCACAGUCAGGUGUCUCAGCGAUCCUUUUUUUAACUUCUUCGAGUGUCUCUUUGAAGUUUUGCGGCCCGACAUUUAGAAAACCACAAGAUUCUUUAGAACGACACAAAAGGAGAAGUAAAAAAUGUUAUAUCAACAAUAAUUUUUUAAAGUUUUUGGUUUGAAGAAAAACAAUUUAAAAUGAAAACCUUAAUAGUAUUAACCGUCUUAACAGUUAUCGUUAGUGCCGAUUUUUAUAAGAACCAACGAAGACAAAAACAACCAACGAGUUUCUUAUGUCCUCCAAAUUUUGUGAGAACAAAACAUAACAAAUGUUACUAUUUUAGUAGAAACGCCGAAAGUUUCGACCAAGCUUAUUGGUCUUGCGUCUCCAAACAGAGUACUUUAGCUGUCAUUAGAGGGAAGAAUCAAGAUAAAACAUUGAGAAGAUUGUUAAACAAAAACAAAAUCCAACAUGUUGAGCGUUGGAUUGGUGCACGAUACAAUUGGGAAAAAAAGAAAUGGCAAUGGGCAGAAUCAGGAAAAUUAUUAAAUUACACCGGUUUUGAGAAUACACCCCAAGACACAAACGCUUGGCAAUGUAUUAUUUUAGAUCCAAAAUAUUAUUAUCGAUGGAAUUCUAAAAGUUGUCUUGAAAAAAAACAUUUCAUUUGUCAAACGCGUUUAAAGAAAACCAACAUUUUAACGAAUUACGAAAAUUCAAACUCAACAAAAUACGAUAAAAGCUUAAACGAAGUUAUACCAGAAGUUGCCCAUAACGAUAUUCCAACAAAUUUCGAAUUAAACGACAAAUUUAAGAAUACCGAUUUCAUUGGGAAAACAUCAUCGGCUUAUUCCCCUAAACCAAGAAAAAAUAAAGGGUUACGAAGGAAAGGGAAAGGAAGAAAGAGGAAAAAUAAGAAAGAAAAUAAAGAUUUAAGUAGAGAUAAUGAAACGCAACAAGAUGCCCCAAUUCCUAAAGAAGGUAAAAUGGGGAAAGCCAUUAAAUAUGUGACUUAUCACGGAGAAGCAGUUGGCCCUUUACAUCCGAGGAUAAUAAUCGAAGAUUUUGAUUUUUUAAAAAAUGAAACUUCAGCACAAAAUUAAAUAUACGCAAAAAUUAAUCCAAAAAGUAUAUUCAAUAAAAAAAAUUAUAGACUAUUUUUUUAUUGAUUAUAUAUUUAUCAGUAUAAGAGUCGGUGUCGCCUCGUUUUGUGAUGAUAAUGUUCAAAUUAAUUAAUUUGCAUAAAUGUGUUCUUGUGACUUAAAAAGAAAAUAAGUUAAAAAAAAUGU